CCGCAGCCGUGCAAAUUUUUCCCAGCUACAUUUCACAUUUUUCAAUCACGUCCACCCCCGUAACAUUGCGAGAGAGAAUAAGUGUUCGUUUCAUGAACAUGAUUUAUCACACUUUCGAUUGGUUCUAUCGUAAAUACGUUUACAUGAAAAAUGAAAAUAGCAGAAUCGGCAAAGUGUUUCCCGAAAAUAAAUUGGACUUGGAGCUGUUGGAGUAUUCGGAUCUCGUGCUCAUAAAUCGUGAAUUUGCUUUUGAUGACGUUCUCGCGUUACCGCCGAACAUCAUUCCAAUAAGUUCUCUGCAAGUCGAGCGUCAAAAUGAAAUUCCAAACGAUGAUGUUUUCACCUUCAUCGAGAGCUCCGACAAACCAAUUGUGCUAUUCACAUUGGGCGGAGAUAUUCUUGCUGAAGAUUUGGGACGAGAGAGAAUGUUAGAAAUAAUGAGCGCCUUUCGAGAGUUGAAGGAAUUUAAAUUUAUAUGCAAAUGUAAAGCCAAGUUCAUCAGAUACUAUCCACAGAAUGUUCUAUUUGUCGACUGGUUUCAACAAAACGAACUAUUAGGAAAUUCAAAAGUGAAGCUUGUUAUCACUAAUGCUGGUUUACUGACAAUUCAAGAAGCAAUGUGGCAUCAAAAGCCUAUUCUAGGCAUUCCACUUCAGAUCAGUCAACAUAAAAAUAUUCAGAGAGCUCUUGAUUUAGGUUUUGCUGAAUCUCUCGAUGUUAACAAUUUCACUUCAAUUGAAAUUGUUGUAAAAGUUCGUAUGCUUGUUGAGAAUCCCUUUUAUAUGAGAAAUAUUGAAAAAGUUUCAAGACGAAUGAAGGGGUCGUUGCUUGGACCUAAAGCUACAGCCUUGCAUUGGAUUGAAGAAGUUCUCAAGCAUAACGGGUUGAGUCACCUUAAAAGCGAAGCAAGGCAUCUCAACUUCUUCAAACUUUACAUGGUCGACUUCACUUUCUACAUCACCAUAAUCGUUCUCAUUUACAUUCUUAUCAUGCAAUAUCAUUUCAUAAAGGAAUGGGUUCAGAACAGAGAAAGGAAAAAGAGGAUUCUUGAGGACACAGUCAUGAAUGAAACAGAUAAAUUAAAAAGUGAAUGA